GUUAUAAUAAGCUCAAACCAAGAGUUGUUUCCUUGGUUAUCUGUCUUGGACCUUCUUGGACCUUCUUGGCGAGCUCUCAAGGUCCUUUGCUUUUUAGGCGUUUUUUUGUGAGCGCUACAGGUAAACAGACAGCCCACUAACGAAUGCUGCACCUUUUAUUGAAUUUGUACCUGCGCCGAGAUUUCGUCAUUGUCGAUCUCCUCAACACCAAAAAAAUAUUUUCUUUUUUCGCUAGUUGGUAGUUUCAUAUACCACCUACAUCCGAUUAUGUAAUAAUUUCCCGGCACUUGUGAAUUAUAUUUAAUUUGGUCUGGAACAUCCUAGAGAAAGGUAUGAGAACGAUAAUGUCGUCACUCUUGGAGCGGGCGACGGUCAACUCCAAGGUCCAGCUUGCUGCUACAGCUAUUGCUUCUGGCGCCGUUGUCGCAGGAACAAUCCUCGGGUACCAACGUCUGCAGCGAAAGGAGCGCAUCAACCAGCUUAAGGAAUCCAUACCUUCGCUACUCGAUGAAGGAGAAGCAUUACGAAGGCUUAAUAGCUUUGGCGGUGCUACGGCAGCAGAUAAAGAAGAUAUCCGUAACCAAUUACUUGCGAAGAGGGCGCAGGCUGGCGACUACGACGACGAAUUGAUCCUCGAACAGCUCGCACGUAACCGUGUUUUCCUCACCCCGGAAGGGCUUGACAAGUUACGGAAUGCAUUCGUCGUAAUAGUUGGUUGCGGAGGUGUAGGCUCGCACUGCACAGCGGCUCUGGCACGAUCGGGGGUUUCUAAGAUUCGUUUGAUCGAUUUCGACCAGGUCACACUGAGCUCCCUGAACCGCCAUGCCGUUGCGACACUGGCCGAUGUAGGCACGCCGAAGGUCCAGUGUUUAAAGCGACGACUUUUAGCCAUUACCCCAUGGGUGCAUUUCGAUUUGCGACAAGAAAAGUUCUGGGAUAAAGCAGCUGAUAGACUAUUGGAGCCGUGGGAGAACGGACAGAAGCCUGAUUAUAUUGUAGAUGCGAUCGACAACAUCGACACUAAAGUUGCAUUACUAAAAUACUGCCACGAUCAUAACUUACCGGUGAUAUCAUCCAUGGGCGCAGGGUGUAAGAGUGAUCCUACUCGAAUUAUUGUGGGCGACAUCGGAACUAGUACAGACGACGGCCUCUCAAGAUCUACCAGACGGCGUUUAAAACUGCUGGGAGUUACCAAAGGAAUUCCCACCGUAUACUCGACAGAGAAGACCGGCGAAGGGAAGGCCGAGUUGCUCCCACUUCCGGAGGAAGAAUUCCAGAAGGGUAAAGUAGGCGACCUCGGAGUGCUACCCGAUUUCAGAGUGCGCAUACUACCAGUUUUGGGCACCAUGCCGGCUGUGUUCGGAUACACAGCAGCGAACCACGUCAUACUUUCCGUCACCGGAUAUCCUCUCGACUACGUCCCGGCAAAGGGCCGCGAGAAAAUGUACGAGGGUCUUCUUGCCGCGGUACAAGGAGGAGAAGAAAAGCUUCUCCGCUACAUGACCGGAGGUGACCCAAGCAUUACUUUGGGUCUCAAGGUACCCAUCACGACGGGAGAUAUGGCGUUCUUGGUAGAAGAUAUCUUCAAGGGCCGCAGCGCCAUAACCGGGCUCACAACCCGUCUAACUCUAGUGAGGUGGCGUAGGCCAGCGGAAUCCAUACUGGUUAGGAUCGGGGAGGGUUCCGACGAGCAGAAGUCAUCGAAUGUCAAGCUCUCGGAUCUCGUCUGUAUGACUAAGGAAGAGAGCAUAAGACACGACAAAGAGGUGCUGCGAGGGACGAAGCAGCCCGAGGAGGUAUAUGAUACAGUGACGGUAGAGAAGGUGGAGGCAUUACUUAGAGAUACUGCUAAGUAUGAAAAAUACAGGUGAUGCUAGUUCUUCUGCUGCGCGGUUUCAUGACUGAUGCAGUAGCGAGUAUUUUCCCAUCAUGCAUUCAAGAUAUAUCCGCCUUCAGG